CCAGCGCCCGGCGCGCCAAGGCGGCGAUCGAGCCAGCGAGCGCGCGUGCAGCCGCCGCCGCCCCGAGCACCCGCAGCUCCCGCGCCGCGGCGAGACAGGAGGAGAACCCAGCCACCGACGGACCCUCGCAGCCGCGGCUCCCCGGAGGAGAACAUGCUUGCCAAUUCAGCCAGCGUGCGGAUUCUCAUCAAAGGAGGCAAGGUUGUGAAUGACGACUGCACCCAUGAGGCCGAUGUCUACAUUGAGAAUGGCAUCAUCCAGCAGGUGGGCCGUGAGCUCAUGAUCCCCGGAGGGGCCAAGGUGAUUGAUGCCACUGGGAAACUCGUGAUCCCUGGAGGCAUCGACACCAGCACCCACUUCCACCAGACCUUCAUGAACGCCACCUGCGUGGACGACUUCUACCACGGGACCAAGGCAGCACUGGUUGGAGGUACCACCAUGAUCAUCGGCCAUGUCCUGCCUGACAAGGAGACCUCCCUCGUGGAUGCCUAUGAGAAGUGCCGGGGUCUGGCCGACCCCAAGGUCUGCUGUGACUAUGCCCUCCACGUGGGGAUCACCUGGUGGGCACCCAAGGUGAAAGCAGAAAUGGAGACCCUGGUGAGGGAGAAAGGCGUCAACUCGUUCCAGAUGUUCAUGACCUACAAGGACUUGUAUAUGCUUCGGGACAGCGAGCUGUACCAAGUGUUGCACGCUUGCAAGGAUAUUGGGGCGAUCCCCCGAGUCCAUGCUGAAAAUGGGGAGCUCGUGGCAGAGGGCGCUAAGGAGGCGCUAGAUUUGGGUAUCACGGGCCCAGAAGGAAUUGAGAUCAGCCGUCCAGAGGAGCUGGAAGCAGAAGCCACUCACCGGGUUAUCACCAUUGCAAACAGGACUCACUGUCCCAUCUACCUGGUCAACGUAUCCAGCAUCUCGGCUGGCGACGUCAUUGCAGCUGCUAAGAUGCAAGGGAAGGUUGUGCUGGCCGAGACCACCACUGCUCACGCCACGCUGACCGGCUUGCACUACUACCACCAGGACUGGUCCCACGCGGCCGCCUACGUCACGGUGCCUCCGCUGAGACUGGACACCAACACCUCCACCUACCUCAUGAGUCUGCUGGCCAAUGAUACUCUGAACAUCGUGGCAUCAGAUCACCGGCCUUUCACCACGAAGCAGAAAGCCAUGGGCAAGGAGGACUUCACCAAGAUCCCGCACGGCGUGACCGGCGUGCAGGACCGCAUGAGUGUCAUCUGGGAGAGAGGCGUGGUUGGAGGGAAGAUGGAUGAGAACCGUUUUGUGGCCGUUACCAGUUCCAACGCAGCCAAGAUCCUCAACCUGUAUCCCCGCAAGGGCCGCAUCAUCCCCGGAGCCGAUGCCGACGUGGUGGUGUGGGACCCAGAAGCCACCAAGACCAUCUCAGGCAGCACCCAGGUGCAGGGAGGAGACUUCAACCUGUACGAGAACAUGCGCUGCCACGGUGUCCCGCUGGUCACCAUCAGCCGGGGGCGGGUCGUGUAUGAGAACGGCGUCUUCAUGUGUGCCGAGGGCACCGGCAAGUUCUGUCCCUUGAGGUCCUUCCCAGACACCGUCUACAAGAAGUUGGUCCAGAGAGAAAAGACCUUGAAGGUGAAGGGGGUGGACCGCACUCCCUACCUGGGGGAUGUAGCCAUCGUGGUGCAUCCCGGGAAAAAAGAGAUGGGAACGCCGCUCGCAGACACUCCUACCCGGCCCGUCACCCGACACGGGGGCAUGAGGGACCUUCAUGAAUCCAGCUUCAGCCUCUCUGGUUCUCAGAUCGAUGACCAUGUUCCAAAGCGAGCCUCAGCCCGGAUUCUUGCACCCCCGGGGGGCAGGUCAAGCGGCAUUUGGUAAAAGCACUGCCCAGCCCCCCCACGUGAAGAUGCACCGCUGCCACCAGCCCGCACCCCCUCCGGCCGCAGCUCAGGGGCAGGAGAGGCCGGGCUGGGCAGCACACCACCUGACGGGGCCCCGGGCCCCGGGAGGCCCUCCCCAUGUCUGACACGUGAUUCACUGUGCUUUGAGCCAACCCUGACAGGCACUUUGAGAUGUGUUCCUCCUGCUGCAGUCCUUUCCUGCCUCGGCCUCGGCAGGCUUUCCUGGGCCCCAGGAAGCCCAUACUAUGCACAGAGCCCAAUGCAUAGAGCCUGGCCCAGCCCCUCCUCACCCCCGCCUCCCGUGCUGGCCUUGGGAAAGCCCUGACCUUAGUGCCCUGCCCCUGGCUAACCUGCCAGUUGUCCAGAGCAUUUUAGCAGAUGUGUUUUAAAAGGAAAGGACUCCCUCCCCCAGCCCCCUCGCCCGGUGGUCACUUUCCCCAAGUCAGACAGGUGUCAGCAUCCCAGCCCUGCCCGGGACGUCCCGUUUUCCCCGACUCACCUCCGGCCCCUGUUUGGGUGUGGCUGGGACACCCUGCACCCUUUGCCGGCUGCUCCCCCGCCCCCAGAGUCCCAGGCCCAGAAGCGCUGGCUGGGCAGGCGUGAGGCUGGUGCCAAGCGCGUGUACAUGAUUUUGUUUUGCACGUUUGGUUUGCGCGGUGGUUUGGUUUGACUUGUUUGUGCAUCCUGUGAACAAUGACGGUGCUUCGUGUCACUAGCAUAGCAUAGAAACAGGAAUAGAUGUGGACCUGAGGAGAUGCUGCAUCGACACCAACCAGACAGCCGAGGGCACAAAUGACGGGGGCGAGAGGGGCCACGGGACUCGCGGGCCUUCUCCCUACCUGGAGCCUUCCUCUCCUCUCCCCUCCCCGCCUGGUCUAGUUUCCUGCCUUCUGAGAGGGUGGCCAGGAUGCCUGCCCUGGAGACCUUCCCAGCUCUGACUCCCAGCACUAAUCCCCCCACACACCCAGCUGCCUGGAAGCAUCCCCCUGCUGGACAGAGGCCCAGCCGCUCCUCCCGUGUGAUUGGCCAGAGGCCUCAUGCCUGCUAAGAGAGGUGGAGCAGGACUCGGGGGAGUGGGCUAGCUAGAUGCCAGGUAGGAGACCAGGCCAGCAGGACCUGGCUGCAGAGCCUGCAUUGCUGCACAGGGCCCAUGGUCCCCUGUGGUCAGCACCUUGCUCUCACCUGCUGGUGGCCUCCAUCUUACUCCCAGUAGGGGCCUCCCUGCCUCCAGAAGCUCCAGGAGGUUUCCAUGGAAACCCUAGAGGCUGCCCUUGCUAAGUCUUGUCCCCCCUCGGGGAAGUGAGGUCACAUGGCAUCACAUGGCACAUUUGGUUCAAGCCCCCAGGCUUACGCGUGGCUCCUGGACUCUUGGGCCUGUGGGCAUACCCUGCACCUCUCUGUGGCCCUUCUCAUGUUCUCCAAGUGCUUCCAUCUGUGAGCUCUCAGUUGCUCCUCACGACAACAAAGCGUGUGCUACCCUCCGCAUUUCACAGAUGUGGCCCGGGAAGCUUAGGCCUUCUGACUCCAGAAAUGUCCAGGACUGCCCUUUGGAAUGUCGCUGUCUACCCCAGCUGGGGACAGGAGGAAUGGCCUGAUGUCUCGUGUGGGUCCCUCCUGAGCCUUCAACCAACUAGAAGACUUAACUCCCCCAGGAGGCAUUCCGCUUCGUUUGGCACGGGUAGCUAGAUUCUGCUUGUAGGCAAACUAAUGCAUAGUCACCGUUUGAGCCAGAACUAGGUACACGUUGAGGGGUGCCCGGUGGUUUGAGCUGCAUUCGCCUCCUCACUCCUCCUUUCAUGCUCCUCUUCCUCACUUCGGGGCUGAGAGGACCAAGACAGGAACCCGGGAAGCAGAGGCAGCAAAGGCACUCACGGAGGGCGGUAGCCAUGGGGACAGUCCGUAGGGAUCUGAGCCUGGGAAACUGUGACGCUGACCCCUUGGUAUGACGCCCAUCAUCUUUAUGCCUGGCAGCCCUUGCUGGGUCAUGGGCCUUGGGCAGAUGCCAAAGAGCCGAGCAGUGGUGGUGGCCAGCGGGCAGAGCAUCCCUGCUUGGGCUAGGAAAGCUUUACCUUCUCUGAGUGCCUCCGCCCGAGAGAUGCAUGGUCCGUGGCUCUGGGAGGCCACGCGGUGCCGUGGUCCAUUGAAGGCCUUCCGCUUCAUUCACCCCCCCCCCCCACUCCUUACAGAGACCCUGCCCUUGCCCAGGAGCUUCUAGAUGAAAAUCAAAAGGAGGUUCAAGGAACCAAAGGAAAGGCCCGCCCCGCCCCACCCACCCAUCUCCUGCCCCUGUGCCGCGCCCGGGCAGCUCCAUCACCAGCCCCGCUGCCGGCUCCUGGUUGGAAUGAAAAGGCUCCUGGUUGCACUGAAUGCAGCUCUCGAACUGGUCUUGUACUUGCUGAAUAAAUACUGUUGUUCUUGCCUUAGCUGCUCUCUAGGUUUGUGGGGUUAAGUUACAAGAAAAUUGUGCUCCUGUGUGUGCGCGUGUGUGUGCGUGUGUGUAGUGCUAGGAGUCCACAGUAGGUCCCGGUCAAGCCAUGCCGUGAUGAGGGCUUUUCCAGUACUGCCCCAGGAACCCCAGAACCACGCGGAAACCCAAACCCCCUCCAGCUGCACAGCCUGGGGUCGGGAUGGAGCUCCAGCACCCAGCACCCAAGUGACUUCCUCACUCCUCUGUAAAUGUCAUGGUGCUAAGAUUGUGUCAACCCCAGAACGACACAUGGUCCUGUGCUCUGGCCACCCGAUGGAGGCAAAAACAAAACAGCCCGACUCGUUGUGUUCUGGUGCAGGUUUGUAUUAAACUGUAGCUACUUCUCA